GAUGGCUAAACUAACCAAAAUUGGGGACACUUCGCACCUUCCCAACGAAAAUUAUUACCAACUCCUGCGACCACUUCAUUACAUGGUAAAAGCAGCGGGAAUGUGGCCACAAACUUUGCAGCGAUCUUCACCUGGCUUUACAGUUUGGAGUAUUUUUUACCUUGCUUGUUGGUACGGGUUUAUUGGCUACUGUAUCUAUGUAAAUAGUAGUGUUUCCCUUUGGAAUCAAUAUUUAGGCCAAGUCGACUCAAAUAUCUUACAAUACGGACUCCAAAUUCACAUUGUCAAUGGACUGGCAAUGGCAUUGGUUAUGAGCAUUUCGACCAUAGUUCAACGUGAUAAAAAGUGGAAACUUCUAGAACUCUACGAUGAUACACUCACAAUGUUUAAGCAGGAUUUUUACGGCAACGUGACUUUAACUAAUGGACAACUAGUACUUUUUGGUAUUGUUGUUAUCGAAAAUCUGUUUCUUGUACUUGUUAUCGUGUGUUAUUAUUACAUACUUGCCUACAUUAUGCAAAUUCAAACAACUUUUUUGUACAUUUCGUACGUCGUACUCAAUACAACAUCAUUAUUUUUUACCAUCGAAUACAUUACAUUUGUAUACUCUACAAGAAGUAGAAUACACUUUAUAAACGAUAUCUUGAAGCAACUUUUAUUUUAUGUCCAUGAUUCAAACAAAAUAGUUAAAAAUAUUACCACUCCAACAAUAGCAUACAAUGAGAUUUACAAUAUUUAUGGCCGCGAAAUAAACGAAAAAUCCUCAAAAAAUAUUCAAACAUCAACAUCAAAACCUGCAGCAAAAAAGUCACAAAAUAGGUUCAUUCUAAAAAGGCACAAAGUAGAUGAACAUUCAUCUAGUGCAGAUAUUUUGCAGUUUAUAAAUCAACUAUCAGGCUUGCAUUAUAAAUCAUGUGAGACUAUCACAUUAUUAAAUAGGUCCUUCUCUUUUCAAUUGAUGCUUCAUUUUGGAUCAAUGUUUAUAUUUUUAGUAUUUGGACUGUUUGCCUUGUACAAAGCUUUCAAUGUAAACUCUGUUCCUUACAAGUUGAUAGCUUUUGCCAACGGAUUUUGGAUAUUUUAUUAUCUUAUUACAAUGAUCACAAUAAUCUUUAUAACAGCAUCCACUACCAAAAACUGUCAUUAUACAGGCGAUGUCAUACACCACAUUAUCCGUAGCAAUCGAAAAACGUUUAGCAGAGAAGUUAUUGAAAAGUUAUCCACGUUUUCAUUGCAAGUUAAAAUGAGAAACAAUUCAUUUUCGUGUGGGCUUUUUCACUUUGACUGGCCCUUGUUUGCUUCGAUUCUUGCAGCAAUAGCGAUGUAUCUCGUUUUUCUUAUUCAAUUUGAUGUCUCGCCGACACAGGACCCGACGGCUCUUACAACGGUCAUUUAAGGAAAAUGGCUGUCAAUGAUGGUUCUGGAUUAGGGGUCCAAAAAUAGUAAAUCGAAAU